AUGGGCAAACGCGGGAACCGAAGACAGAGCCAGCUGCUCAACACCCUAACUAAAAAGCAGAAGAAGCAUCUUCGGGAUUUCGGCGAGGAGCAUCCCUUCUAUGACAGGGUUUCAAGAAAGGAAGCAAAACCACAGAUUUGUCAACUGUCACAGAAUUCGGAUAAUUCCUCUUCUGAAAGUGAAGCAGAGAGUGAACCAGAACAGGUUUCUGGGUACCAUAAGCUGCUUGCUACAUUAAAGAAUGUUUCUGAAGAAGAAGAGGACGAUGAGGAGGAGGAGGAAGAAGAGGAAGAAGCAAUUGUAGAUGAAGAUGAAGAGAUGAGUGAUGAAGAUGAUGAUGGUGAUGUCAGUGUGGAAGCAGAGACAGCAGCAGCAUCUGCUGACAUGCAGGAAAAUCUGACCUUAUGUACUGAUUCUCAAGAAAAAGAUGGGGAAGGUCCACCUGGCACAUCGAAACAAGAAAGCCCUGAGGAGUUCACAGAUGCAAAACAUGAGUCACUGUUCAGCCUGGAAACGAAUUUUCUUGAAGAGGAAAGUGAUGGCAACUGUUCUCUGAACGUGACACAAGAUCCAUUUCUCCAACAUGUGAACAAAGAACUGAAAGAAAAAGAAAUUCAGGCACUUGCCACAAAUCCCAAAACUACCCAUCAACUGAAAUGGCCCACUUUGGGCCAGCUCAUUUUUUCGUCGAAAUUCCAGAAGUUGGAAACAUUUAAGCCACCAAAGGACAUUGACUUAAAGUCACUUCAUCUUCAGAAGCCUCUGGAAUCCACCUGGACCAAGACCAACAGCCAGUUUUUAUCUGGCCCCCGCAAAUCAAGUGCCCCCUUCACCCCCCUCCAGAAAGAGCUCUUCUUAAUUAUGAAUUCUUACCGAGACCUGUUCUACCCAGAAAGGACUGCCCUGAAGAAUGGUGAAGAGAUCCGCCAUGUGUACUGCCUACAUGCCAUGAAUCACACCCUCAAAGCCAAUGCCCGGGUACUUGGCAACAAUAGUAGACGCCGAAGCCAGAAACUUGGGGUGGGUGAUGAUGAUGACUUCAGGGAUCAAGGGCUUACAAGGCCCAAGGUGCUGAUAGUGGUGCCUUUCCGGGAAGCUGCAUUACGGGUGGUCCAGCUCUUCAUUACCCUCUUAGAGGGUGACAGCAAGAAGAAAAUCAUUGUGAGCAACAAAAAGAGGUUUAAGGGAGAGUAUGGAUCUGAUCCUGAGGAGAGACCACCCAACCUGAAGAGGCCUGAGGAUUAUGAAGCUGUGUUUGCUGGCAACAUUGAUGACCACUUCAGGAUCGGAGUUUCAAUACUUCAGAGGAGCAUCCGGCUCUAUGCCCCAUUUUAUUCCUCAGACAUCCUCAUUGCUUCUCCUCUGGGUUUGAGGACCAUUAUUGGUGGAGAAGGAGAGAAGAAGAGAGAUUUUGACUUUUUGUCUUCUAUUGAACUUCUCAUCAUUGAUCAAGUUGACAUUUACCUGAUGCAGAACUGGGAGCAUGUCCUGCACUUGAUGAAUCACAUGAACUUGCUGCCCCUGGACUCACAUGGCGUGGACUUUUCUCGAGUGCGGAUGUGGAACCUCAAUAAUUGGUCCAAGUACUAUCGCCAGACGAUGAUGUUUGGGGCUUUGCAGAAUGCUCAGAUCAACUCAGUGUUCAACAAGUACUGUGCUAACUUGCAAGGCCAGGUGGCUGUGAGGAGCAUCUCGAUGACAGGCUCCAUCAGCCAUGUCCUGGUGCAGCUCCCACAUGUCUUCCAGAGGAUGGAAGCUGAAAACCUAGCUUCAGUGAUCGAUGCCAGGUUUCAUGUUUUCGUGAACAAGAUUUUGCCACAGUAUCGUGACGCAGUCAUGUCUCACACGCUCAUCUAUGUCCCCUCCUACUUUGAUUUUGUGCGUCUUCGAAAUUACUUCAAGAAGGAAGAACUGAACUUCACUUACAUCUGCGAGUACACUAAGAAGUCUGGUGUCUCCAGGGCCAGACAGUUCUUCCUUCAAGGAGAGAAGCAGUUUCUGCUCCUCACAGAGCGCUUCCAUUUCUACAAAAGGUAUACAAUAAAAGGCAUUCACAACCUGAUUUUCUAUGAACUGCCAACAUAUCCCCACUUCUACAGUGAAGUCUGUAACAUGCUGAAAGCCACCAACAGAGGAGAGGAGGCCACGUGGACGUGCACUGUUCUCUACUCCAAGUAUGAUGCCCAGAGGCUAGCUGCCGUGGUUGGUGUGGAGAGGGCGGCUCAGAUGUUACAAUCCAAGAAGAAUGUCCACCUGUUCAUUACUGGAGAAAAAUGAAGCUGCAUUGGACUGGAAGUAGCAUUUGGCAUGAUACAUAACAGCUCAAUUCUGUGCCAUUUGGACUGAAUUCUGGUUAGUAAUUCAAGAGAGGGAUUGGUACAAGAAAAGAACAUCAGAUAGCAUAACAUCACUGUUCCUGAUACUUCUUUUCAGGUCAUGUAUUCCUGAAAAGUAAAAUGUAAACCAACUUUUAGUAAAUCACAUCUUGCAAGGUCAGGAAGGGGCUAGAAGAACUCUUAAGAAGUGAACAGAAGAAACUUCUAUUUGUGAAUUUUUUUUUGUGAGCCAUAAAACCUUUUAUUAUAAUUUGACCUCU